GUGAACAGGUAAAGGUGUGCGUCAGUGCGUUCUCAUCUAGCCUACUAUGUGCUAACUUUCGGACCCCUCAACACAUUUCGCAACACAGCUGUUGUGGAUUUAGCACGAAAUACUAAUCCAGAGUGGAUCAUGUUGAAGAAAACGCAAGGCUCGGCCGACGUGGACGCGUCGCGCAUUCUUGUGAAGGGGCCCGAGUUUUUGAGGAGACAGAUGGAGCGAGAAAGCGAGGCGAUUAAAGGACGCGGCAGCGCGGUGGAGAGGCUGGCAGCCACUAAACCUCAAUAUGUAAAAAGCCAACAAGUUGUCGGUUCCACUCAGGAACCGGUUAUCAGCAUCGGGUCUGCCUCCGUGAGCAGCCGGGGGUCUUCAAACGGGCACGGUUCCGUUAAUAACGCCGCUCAUGCUGAUGUUGAGGAUAUACAGUCGCCUGAAGAAGAUAAUAAUGUGGUGAGACGGAGCAGCUCGAAGAAACGAGACUCGGUUUUAUUAUACAGACAAAAGUGUGAACUCUUUAGAGGAUCGCCUGGCGGGAGUAGGAGAUUGAUUAAAAAGUCAUUAUUCGCUAUUAAAGGCAAGACAAACGCGUUUUCUGAGGCGCACGGUGGUGAAUGCGCCACACGCAGGGACUGCGGGAAAGAGGCCCCUAGGGUAAAUUUAUCCAUCGCACACGGCCAAACGGGUGAGACAAACGAUGUCCCGAGAGGACCUCCUCACAGGACAGUCGCAAAAAUCCAGGAGCAGGAGCGCAAGAGCCGGAGGGGGGUGGCGCGCUCCAGCUCUGACAUCAGCUCGCGCUACUCGAAAAAUUUCGCAGACUUCGACGCGUUCUUCAAAUACUGCGGCCUCGAGGGGGACGUCAUCGAGUCCCUGGGCAGAGAGAAGUUUUCCGCGCGCUCGGACGACCUCAGCUCCACAAACCGGAGCAUCAGCGUCUCGACGUCAAACGACGGGAUCUCGAGGAGCAGCGACGGCCUGCAGGAGGAGGAAUUGCAGGAGACCGUGCGCCAAGGGUCUUCAGUUGUAGAGCGCAACGCUCGGAUCAUCAAGUGGCUCUACAGUUGCAGAAAUGCCGCGGAGUCGGGAAAGACGCUUCGAGAUCUGGAUUAACUUGGGUCUUGUUAAAAGUGCUGUUUUUUCAAGUAUCACGCAUAAAAUAUCAGAUAUGCACUGGAAAAAUUCAGUAGUCUACUAUAUGUAGGCCUAUCUAUUGACACAGAUAACAUCUGAUAUGUUCAUUUCCUUCCUAUUCAGCUAACUAGGAUAUUUGCCUGGUUAUGUAUUCCACUGUAUAUACCAAGCCUAGAUAUCUUGAUUUUACAAUAUACCUGUAUAUACCUAGCCUAUGUUACUUGAUUUGACAAUAUAUUAAAAGUCAGAUUUUUAUUUUUUUUUGAAUAGCAUUUCGUUGCGUUUAACUUUUGUUGUGUUAUGUGAAAACUUCUUUUGCACAUGAAUCUAUGAAUACAGUAUAGUUUACAGAGACAAAUGAGCCAUCAAGCCUGUCGGCUAUGGAAUGCAGAAGGUAGCACCUGGUCCUGAGAUAUGAAAAGAUUUGGCUUCAAACAAGCACUUCUGUCCAUUGUUGCACAACAGAAGAAGCUGUGAACAAAAUGCAAGUUUUCACACCCAGUGUGGGUGUAUUUAAUUUGUGUCACUGUCACAUAAGUGCAAAGGUGUCUGUUUAUUCAGACUGACUGCUGACUGUCUAGCCUCUGACUCAACGUGCCUUGCAAAUAUGAAAUGGUAUUUUAAGUAACUUGAUCAAUUGUGUGCACUGAGUCAAACAACUUGACAUGCUAUGCAAAAAUACUAUGUAAAUAUGAUCAUAUGUAUCAGUCAAAAAACAUCUUAUCUUUCUAGCACUGUUGCUGUUAUGUAAGAGUGUAUGUGGUUUACUUUAGUAUCAUUCGUAAAUCUGUUGGAUUAUAGCUCUUGUAUUUCAAGAUAGUUCAAGAAGCCGACAAUAGCCCAAGUAUAUAUGAUCAUAAAUGCAUAUUUAUAAUGAU